UAUGGCACAGCAAGAGCGAGAAAAUUUUUAUCGACAUUCUACACUGAUCGUAGAUGAUACAAAUGAAGUUUUCCAGGAAUUAGUUGAUCUACAUUUAACUAAUGAAAGCCUUAGCCUUCUCCAGUUCAUCGAAAAUAAUCAGCAUGCCAUUUAUCAUCUCUGUUAUAACAACAUCACCUGCUGUUCAUGUCCAACCAAGGCAAAAAAACCAAUAGGUUCCCCAUCGAGUAGAAUUCUACAUCCCUCUCAGCUAGACAUUCUUUUUGAUAUCAAUAAAAAGCACCCAAACCACAACACUCAUAAUCGGGCAAAACAUUGCUGCUGUCCCGUUAGUACUAAAUUAAAACGGGAUGAUCUUGACCUAACACUUGCAAGAUGUUUAUUAGUUAACUUCUCUAAUGUUGUACCGGAUCAUUCCCAAGAAAGAUAUUCGCUGGAGAAAUUAAUCAAGUUUAGAAACAACACGUAUGGUCAUGCAACGAAAGGAACAGUCUCAAAUAAAGAGUACUGCGAUAAUAGGGAAGAAAUUGAAGCAUGCAUUAUGAUUCUCGCUAAAACAUGUGGAAGAGAAGGGGAUUUUAGGCAGAAAUUGAAAGAUGCUAAAGUCAGAACUUUAGACGAAACAAUAUGCAGACAGCUCCAAACAUCACUUUUGCUUUCUGCCCAGAGAGAGGAAGAGUUAAAGACGGACAUACCGGCUGUGAUAGAAACUGCUGUUGAAGCUGCUUUUGAAAAGUUUCAAGGAAAACAUGAUUGCUCCCACGCAGAUACCAAAGAGUCUCAAAUUAGAUAUGAACGAAGCCCAAGCAAAGAAAGUUUUGACCGCAGUUUUACAGAAGAACAUGAUAUUCUCCCUGAUAGUUUUCUGCACUGUAUUGCGUAUGGGUUGAGUGUUGACUGGAAAGAUGCUGCCUUUGGACUGCAAUUCAAUAAAAGUGAAAUAGACGAAAUAAAAGAAGAUAAUGCAUCGAGUACUGUAGUUCAAGCAACCACUAUGCUCAUCAAAUGGAAAAGACGUAGAGGAAUACAACCAGAAAUGAUCGAUGAAAUAUGUCAUGCUUUUAUCGAGUGUGGAAGAAAAGACUUGUGUGACACUUUAAAGAAAAAACUAGGUAUUUAUAAAUCCGAAGAAGUAAAUGAGGAAGAUUCACCAACUGGUUUGCAAUCAAUUGGUAUUUCAAGACAGAUUUCUGAUCGAGAUGAGGAACUAGAAGAGCUUGAGGCUACUGAGCGACAAUUUAUUGAAACCAGAGCUUUUGAGGAAGUCAAAAAUGUGUUAAUGGAUAAGAAAAUGGUAUUCAUAAAAGGUGAGAAUGGAUCGGGCAAGACAAGUCUCGGAUAUCAUUUAUAUUGUGAUUUAAUAGAUAACAAAACCAUGGACAAAGAUAACAUUUGUAAGAAUAUGACUGAAUUUUUAAAUGAAUAUGAUCUUGAAGAAACACAAGUAUUAUUUUUAGAUGAUGUAUUUGGGACACUAGACUUUGAUAAAACCGAGUUUAGCAAAUGGUCAGAACUUAUGGAACGGAUACCUGAAGAUCGCAAAAAAGAAAAUUAUGCUGGGUGUGUAACAUACAUGAUUUUCACCUCAAGAACCAGUUUGAUUGAAAUGAUUAAUCAAAAAGAAUAUGUUGGUUGCAUAGAUCAAAGUUAUUUGGUUGACAUUCCUUCUAUCACAAAAAGGUUAUCGAUUUUAGAAAAGAAAAAUAUCUUCAGUCGAUUUUGGUCAAAAUAUCACAAAGAAGGGUCUACUCAACCUUCCUUCAUCAACAACUUUCAAUUUCCAGAGACAAAAGAUUUUGACUUUUGGUUCUGUGCUGAUGUGAUGGCAAGAUGCUCUUACGGAGAAAAAUUUUGGAAAGAUCCUGUAAACUUCUUGCUAAAAAAAUUAAAAGAUGAAAUUGACAGCAGUACUAUUUCACUCGAGCUUUGCAAAAAAAUGAUUUCAAAUAAUUCAAAAGAAAAAAGUUGUUCUGAUUCACACACAAUUGGUUGCAGGUUUUCAAAGGAUGAACUAAAAGUUUUAAAUCAACAUCCAGAAUUUUUUAAGUUAGUUUUUCCAAACCAGAUCGAGUUUCAGCACACUCUUAUGAAAGAAAAAAUUGAGCUUUACCUAGCUGGAAAAGGAGAUUUGGUAGAGGCAAUACAAAAUUUGUCACUACAACAUCUUAUGACGGCUGUUCUACCGAAAAAAGGUCGUUUGCCAAAAGGGAAAGAUAUCGAUUUUCGUUUGAAAAAUGAACAUAUAUGUCACUUAAUAGAAAGACUAAUAUCAGAGGUUUUAAAAGGUAAUGUCAAAGAUGUAUCAUCACACGAUGUUUGGAAUACCGACGCCUGGGUUAUUAUGCUAGACGAUAUCUUGAGGAAGGAGACAUCCGACAAGAUACAUACAUUGUUGACGAUUGAAGAUAAAAAUGAUGGUAAAAACUUUCUUUACUGGAGCGCCUUGAAACAUAAACGGCGGUUGUGUGAGAAACUUCUACGGUAUAUUGAGAGUUGCAAAACUUUAGAAAAUAAGGAGCUUUUGCUUUCUGUGGUACUUGUUGGUGCAUGUACAAUACAAAAGAACGUUUCAAUCGUAUGGGAACUAAUCAAAUAUGGUGCUGACGUCAGUUUUUGCAAUGCCUGUCGAUUAGAAAACAUUAUACGAAAUGAUGAAAAGGAUAAUGAAAAAUCAAUAGACGAACAGCAUAUAUGUCCCCUCGAUGUAGCUAUAAGUUAUGGAAACAUUUCCCAUAUAGAAAAUCUGCUGAAUCGUGGAGCUACUAUAUCUCAUUGUUCCUGGCGACAGUGGGAAAUAAUUCAUAAAGCAUUUGCCCGUGGUGAUAUGUUUGUUAAACAACCAAUAUUUCUUGAAGUUUUUUUUGAUGUUUUUUCAAAGUAUAAUGCAAAUAAGCAAACUAUAUCCCCCUGCGUCGAGAAGUCCGGAUUUCAUGUGCUUUUCAAUGAAAUCAAUGAGACAUGCGACGAUUUAGACCAUAUAUUCCUAACAUUUGCAAAGUACAGUGUAUUAAGUAUUACUCUUUUAAAUGCAUUUCUUGAAUGCAAAGUGGAUGCAAAUGUGACCAACCGAGACAAAAAGAACGCUUUACAUUUACUUGUGGACCAUUCGGGACUUGAUAUAUGUGAAAAAUGUAAAGUAAUAGAAUUACUAUUACUGAAAGGAUGCGAUGCUAACAUGAAAUCGAAGCAACGACAAACCCCACUGUCAUUAGCCAUAAGAAAACAGUAUAAACAUCCACAGAUUUUGCAGACUCUUUUAGACGGAAAUGCUGAUGUAAAUAUCAAAGUAGGAGAAGGAAAAUCUUUAUUACAUGUUUGUAUAGAAACAGCAAUGCCGCCAAAUGAUGCGAUAAAUAUCAUUAGAAAAUUGAAAGAUCAAAAUUGUGAUCCAUUUUUGGUAGACAAAAAAGGUCAAAGCGUAAUCGAAAUCCUAUUUCAACAGGACGAAAUUAACAUCGACAUUUUAAGUGAACUUUGCCUUCAUCCCCUCCAUACUUGCCUUGAAUACACCAAAAUACCAGAAGAAAAUAAAUUGAAAAUCAUCCGAUAUUUACAUGGCAGAGGAAUGGACAUAGAUUGUCGUGACGAGAAAGAACAAACACCUUUAUCAACUGCAAUCACUUCAUGUUGUAGUCAGUCAGUCAUUCAAUGCUUUCUCCAACUGGGAGCUUCACUAAAUCUUAAGUUUGCGAAUGAUCACUCCAUAUUGCAAUUAUUUCUGAGAUUUCAUCCUGACAUAGACGAUUUGACAAUCAAAGAGUUUGUCAAUCAGGAUGUACAUCUCCAGUCGAGAAAUUUCAUGGUUAUCAUAUCGGAUAUUUUGAAAAGCAGCAAAAAUUAUCAUUUUGUAUUGAAAAUCAUUUUGGGCCAAUUGUCGUCCGAAUCAGCAUCCUUUAAAUCAUUCUUUGAUGAAGAAAGUAGAACAUUAUUGCAUCUGACCGUUAUGUCAGUAUUGACGGAUAGGGAAUGUAGAGAGGUUUCCGAAAUGUUUAUCAACAAUGGAGUUGAUGUAAAUCACAGAGCAAAAGGUCAAAUUCAUGCUCUAGAUUUGGCAAUACGAAACGAUAAAGUCAGAAGGACAAGCACCAUUAUAUACCUAUUAGAGCAUUCCAAGUUAAGGGAGUUUAAUGCAAAAACAUUCUUGUCAGAUAUUUUUGACAGUGGCCAAAUUUGUAUUGAAAUUUUAUCAAGAGCAAUUGACAAAAAAAUUAUGAACAAAUCUAAACCUCCAAAAACUAAAAUAUUGCACAUUCUAGCAGAAAAGGGGUUAGAUAAAUUUUAUAAAAACUUUCCAAAUACCGGUCACAUGUCUUGUCCCCCUUCUACAGAGUCAAAUCUUGGACUCCCGCAUUCCCAAAGCGUUAGUUCUAAAAUGAUAGAUAUGGUAGAACGCAACGAAACAUCUAACGAGUCGCAGAUUAUAAAAUGUUUAUUGGAAUGUGGGUUUCAAAUAAAUGAAAAAGAUGGCCUUGGAAGAACUCCGUUGCACAAAGCUUGCUAUUGCAAAGAUCAGGACAUAAGUUUGAUAAGUGCAUUAUGUGAAAAUGGUGCAGAUACAAAUGCGAAGGAUCAAGAUAAAAACACGCCACUUCAUUCAUGUGUAGCCUCAGCAUCCGAAGAUCCAAUUGCUUUAGCUGUGUGUCAAAUUUUAUUAAGAUACUCAGCAAAGGUUGGAAAAUGUAACAAUAAGAAUAGAACCCCCUUGUUGCUUGCUGUUAAACAGGAGACAGAAAGAAUAAAAACAGUGACAUUUCUAUUAAAUAACAAUUCUGAUAUCAACGUUAAAGAUAGCAAAGACGAGAGUUGUCUGCAUUACUGCAUACGAAAACGAACGCCAGAUAAUGAUGCUUGUAGACUGUUACAAAUUCUAUUGGAAAGCAAUCCCAAAUUAGAACAUAAAAACACUCUUGGGUUGACGGCUUUAAAUCUGGCAUCCACAUGUAACACAUAUAGUCGAGUUUCAUGCAUGAUUCGACUUCUUGAAAAUGGAGCGAAAGUAAAUUCUAUUGAUUCGUUCAAUCGCACUCCACUUUUCAAUGUUGUGCGUUGUUUGCGAGGUCAUGAUAUCCUGUUAUCGCUUGAAAGAAUAGUGAGACUUGCUAUUUUAUUUGCGUGCCAUGCAGAUCCGGGAUAUGCAACUAAAACCAACGAGACUGUAAACGAUUUUGAAACCGGGGAUUCCGUAGUGAAAAGUAUGAUAAGAGAAUAUCCUGCAUCAGAAGACAAACUUGUGUCAUUUAUCUGUACAAAGCUUCAAGCGGUCUCAAAAUAUUACUCAGAGCAUUCACAAAAACAAAGUUUUAAAUUUGAAUUGAAGGAGUUGAAGAAAGAAAUCUCUGGGGCUAUUACCGAGGCAAUCGGAUAUUUAGGCGAAAUUUGCUUUGAUAUUGAGGAAGACGAUGUUUGUCUUAGCAGUGAUUGUGUUUCUAGUGCACAAGUAGCUAUGUAGAUUGACGAAUAAACAUUUGUUAUUAGGCAACAGUGUUACCUAACUGUUUGUUUAGUAGACAAAAAAACUUUAGUUUAUAGCAUAGUGUGUACUAACUUCCAGUUGGUAUUUUGAUGUUACAGGUUAUAUAUAGGCUUUAGAUUAUAGAAUAUGGUGUAUAAACUUCCAGUUGAUCUUUCAGUUUGAACACCAUAGUAUUAAUUCAAAAUGUCUUCAUUUAUCAUAAUACCAAUACUUUUACAAUGCAGUACUUCAAAAUUGCAAUAUGCCAAUAUUAUUUGAUUUUAUAUACACGUAUUAGACCUUUGUAGAAUUGUUUCGAUGAAUUCUAACAUAGUUUAUUUUCUUUCACCAAAAAUUUAGAGCAAAUACGACUAACUCAAAAAGUCAUUAGGACAACAAUGGUCUUCUUUUUAAUCUACGUCAAAUAUCAAAAAUCGGCCAUCAACGUUGAUAACGCAUAUAUUGUUACAUUUCUUGUUAUCCCAUGAAUAAAUAUAGACGUUGAGUAUCAUCUUAAUACUAGUUAAGUGUUUAGUAGUAUAGCUCACAUGGCCCAAAGAGCCAAGUGAGCUUUUCUCAUCACUUAGCGUCCGUUGUCUGUCGUCGUCUGUCGACGUCGCAAAUAACUUUUACAAAAAUCUUCUCUUUUAAACUACCGGGAAAAAUUUAUCCAAAAUUGGUCACAAUCAUUAUACGGGUAUCUAGUUUUAAGAUAUGUGUCCGAUGACACCGCCAACCAACCAAGAUGGCCGCCAAGGAUGAAAAUAAAGCAUAUGGUAGAAUGUAGAUUUUGGCUUUUAUCUCUUAAAAAAAAGCAUUUAGAGAAAAUCUGACAUUGAUAAGAAAUUUUCAGACGAAUUAGACAAACUUUUGUUAGGUUGCUGUCCCUGCAUUGGUAAUAUUUUAGGAAUUUUUGUUGUUUUUUGUUAUCAUUUUGCGCUCUAAAGUCAAAUUUAACGAUAUUUCGAAAAAUUUUGUAAUUAUUUACAAAAGUCUUCUCCUGAAACAGCUGUGAAAAAUUUAACCAAACCUGGCCACAAAUAAGCAUUAGAGUAUUAAGUUUUUAAAAUGUUUCGGAUGACCCUGUAUGCUAACCAACAUGGCAGACAUGGUUAAAAAUAGAAUAUAUGGAAAAAAAGCUGAAUUAAGAGUAAAAGUAUAAUGAUUGCAUUAUUUCAUGCAUCAAUUGUAAAUCAAAAUAUCAUGUGAGCGAUACAGGCUCCUUGUAGCCUCUAAUGUUUGUUUUUUAUGACUAUUACUUUUAGUGUUUAGUUUACUGUUUUUGGUGAUAUCUAUUUGUCGUGACUUUGUUAUUGUAAUUGUAUUAUUAUGCUGUGGUACAUUUUUGUUUUUUUGUCUUUCGUUUUUGCUUAUGCGCUUUGUCUAUUUGCUUUUUUGUCGUUCUUUGUUGAUUUAUUUAGUAAAUCCAGAAAUUUCAUUUAUAACCGUAAAUUUAAAGUAUAUAUACCUAACUAAAUUUACUAUCAAAAAUAUUCCAUUCUCUGAGAAACUGAUGUUCAUUUUUGAUUUUCAAAAAAAAGAUUUAUCAAUUGCAUGCAAAUAUUUCAUCUUCUCUUUUACUGAGUUUAUUGACAGUUUUUUUUUUUAAACAACAUCUGUUAUUAUAAACAAAUAAACAAAUGAGAAGAAAAUGAGUUUUUCUGCAUGCCUUUUAAUACUUUUGCAAUGUUACAAAACAAAAAGGUACACUUAUCUCAUUGGUCAGAAACCAAUUUUUUUAUUUGUUCUUAUAAUAUUUGUGAUUGUUCACAUUCUCAAAAACAAAUCUUCUUAUGUUUUAAUUUCUGUAUUACAAAAUGUACAAUUGAGUUUAUCAUAAAUCUUAAUUUUAUGACGAAAUUUGUGUAUAGCUAAGAUUCGAAAAUUGAGUAUAUACUGCAGCCACUGCAACUUAAUAUUUUUUUGUGACAAAAAAUGGCAAAUUUUCUCCAAUGAAUUUUUAUCAAAGCUAAAAGUGUAUCUUUACUGACUUUUGGGAAUAUUUCUAUUUUACUCUAAACAAUAGACAUAUCUUUAGAUACUUUUGACAAGUCUUUUCUCAUUUUUAAAGAGAGAGAAAAAGGUCCGAUCGUAAUUUCCAAUAUCAUAUAUAAAUCUUAUAUCAUUUUCGAACCAAUCUUUAUAAAAAAAGUGUUUGUUUUUUUUUAACUUUGUGUUAUUGUUAAACCAGAUUGGGCAAGAAAGCAUUCACAUCUGUCAUAUUCAUCUUUUUCUCUGAGAAGUUGUCAUGCUUUCAGAAAUAUUUGCCAAAAAUUAUUUUUGGUAUUUUGUUGUAAUUUUCACACCCAUAUAUGUUUUCACGUUCUUCAUGUACAUUUAACAAAAACAUUUUUUGCCAUUUGUUGAUUGUUUUUUAUAAUCAUGUUAACCAUUUAUUUUUGAUAUUUUUAACUACUUUGUCUGUUUGUUUUGUUCAUAUAUCGUUGUCAUUAUUUUGGAAUUUGAUGCGAAGUCAUAUAAGUGAGGGGUUUGACUGGCGAUAAGACCAGAUUCAAUCCACCAUUUUAUUUAUAAAGAAUGCAUGUAACAAGUCAGGAAAAUGAAAGUUGUUAUCCGUUCGUUUAAUGUGUUUUGAGUUUCAUAUUUUGUCAUUUAAUCAGGUACUCUCCAUUUUUAAGUUUCCUCGGAGUUUAGUUUUGUUUUGUAAUUUUACAUUUUACAUGUACAUUUAUUGUGAACAGAUUAUGAUUAUGGAUCAGGGUGGGCAAAAUUUUUAUUUUAGAUGGGUGUGUAAUGUUAAAUAUUAGGUAGAACCAAAUUGACACUUCAAUUUUGAUUUAAAACGUGUUGAAAGAAACUUAAUGAACAAUGUAUAGAAUGUUGUUAUUCGUAACUGUCAUAAACAUUUUGCUAUAGAACAUUCACAACUCAUUUUUGAUGUGAAAAGAAUAUAUUUAAAGAAUUAUCACUAUAUUAUAUGUUCAUCCUUUGAAAACACAGUUGAGGUAGUCAACGAUUUUCAGUUGAAACCUCAAUUUGCCAUGAAGCAACAGAAUGAGUCUUCUCUGUGACCUGAUGGACAUCGGUUACGAAAACCUGUAUGUUGAAUCAUGUAGCUGCAUUAAUCAUGUUAAAAAAUCUACUUCCAAAAUAUUGUUAUGAAAAUGUGAACAUUUAUUAAUUUUAACAACUCUUUUCAAUAGUGUAAUCAUAUUAGAAAAAAACCUUAUUUAAAGUGUUAAUUAUACUCUAAAUUCACACAUGCCUAACAUAUGUGUGUACUGUAAAUAUGUAUAAGUCCUCUGUAAUAUUGUAUUAUCUUUUUUAGAAUAAAGUAUUUAUUUACAA